ACAGAAAGAAGAUAAAAUAAUGAUCUCAGAAAAGGGUUGGCUUAACAUUUGUAAAAUCCAAAUGAAAACCUCCAGUUCAACUUCUUCCAUUGUCAUGGAAAAAUACACGUUUUUAUUUUUUUUUUAUCACACCAGAAAUGUGGGUGGAAAUGUGGCGAUACACAGGCAGAUCACUUUCAAAUAUUCUGGAACUUACCAGUUAUUCAACAUAUCUUCUACAUGGUGAACCCCCCCGCGCUCUCUGCCUCCAGAGAGUGUCUGCCUCAUUGUUUACUUUACUCAUGAAGCAUGUAGCAAGAUCUGAGCAUGAAUCAGAGCACUUUAUUCCCUUAUCAGAGGCAGACGGGUAUAAUGAUGUGAUUCACCACGACUCCAGAAAUGAUGAAAAGACUACAGAAUGUAACAAAAUGACGUAUCCGCGCUCCCGGCUUGAAGGCUAAAAAUGCGCAGCCGCGCUCCCGGCUUGGAAAGCUGAUAUGUGGACAUAUUGUCUCGGUUUAAAUGGGUUACGUGAUUGAUGCUGAUGACGACAAGGCCAUUGAGCCAUUCCUGAGACAUGGUUGACCUUAGGUACGACUUUAUCAACUUCAGUUUUGAAAGGCUCCUCUCUUCUUGAGCCACCGUGACUGGCAGAGUGAGAGCAAUCCGGAGAGCGGAGCUGUCCCCCGUGACCCUCUCCCUGCUUGGUCUCAUACAGUCUGUCAGCCUCUGUGCGGCACCUUCGCAGCAAGCAGGGGCGCCUACAGCAGCAGGGGGGGCGCCAAUUCGACAACAAGAGUCAAUACAAAACCGCUUUGCAGUGCAUAUUUAUUAUUAUUAUCUUUUUUCUUUCUUUUUUGGAAGUGCUCGUGCCAUCCAACCCAUCGUACUCAAAGACAAGCUCACAGAAAUGGAAGUGGAUCCUUCCUGUGUUUCUUGGAUCACAGAUUACCUGCCUGGAAGGCCACAGUUUAUCAGGCUGGGGAACUGUGUCUCUGGGACAUUAAUAAGCAGUACAGGGGCUCCACAAGGGACAGUCCUGGCUCCAUUCCUGUUCACACUGUAUACAUCAGACUUUAAAUACAGCACCGAGUCCUGUCACAUCCAGAAAUACUCAGAUGACAUCGCUAUCGUGGCAUAUUUCAGAAAUGGGCAAGAAGCUGAAUACAGGGAUCUAAUAAAAGCCUUCAGUGACUUGAGUUACAAAAACUGCCUCCUCCUCAACACCUCAAAGACAAAGGAGCUGAUCAUAGACUUCUACGGAUCCAAACCCCCUCUUUAGCCAGUGAACACCUGUGGGGUGGACAUCGAAGUGGUGACACCGUAUAAAUGUUUAGGUGUACUCAAUAAUAAGUAACGUCGACUUCAUCUACAGAAAGGGGCAGAGCCUCCUCUUUAGCCUGAGAAGACUCCGAUCAAUAGACAUCUGCAGGAAGAUGCUGCAGAUGUUCUGUCAGUCUGUGGUGGCAAGUGUUCUGUGCUAUGCUGCAGUCUGCUGGGGAGGCAGUAUAAAACAUAAGGAUGCAAGAUGUCUGUACACACCGGGAAAAAAAGCUGGCUCUGUACUUGGAAUCAAGUUGGACUCACUGGAGGAUGUGUUGGAGAGAUCUACACUGAGGAAAGUGGAGGCUACUCUAAAGAACAUGGAUCACCCACUUCAUAAUACCUUGAUAGACAAAUGGGUCAAAGAUGGUGAAUGGCUCCUCUCAUUUGGAUGCAGGACUGAAAGAUUCAAAAGAUCUUUUGUACCUACAGCAAACAGACUCUACAACUCGACUGUAAAUAAUAGAUGAUGUAAAACUUGAGACAUGAGAAUCCAGACAAUCAAAUCUAGAUUUACCUCUUUCAGCUUCAAAUUUUUACGAAAUUAACACUACAUAGAAAAUAAUAUCCGAAAUAUAUAAAACCAUCACUUUUAAAGAUAAAACACCAUCACUUCCAUCACAAAAAUGGGAGCAGGACCUGGCCCUCACUCCCAAUGCUGACUUCUGGAACCACAUUUUAAAAAAUAUCUCCUACAUGAGUAACAAUAACAACAUUCAGCUAAUACAAUACAAAAUCAUGCACAGGGUUCACUUCACAGGUCACUGAAUGUUUAAAAUGGGUUUAGCACAAUCUGACACUUGCACACACUGCUCCCAAAAACACACAAUACACUUACUUUCCUGCCCUCUGGAACUGCACACCUGUACAACACUUUUGGACUGAAAUAACCACAUCACUCACUAAUACUCUGGGCUGCCUCAUCACUCUGUCCCGGUCACUGUGCCUCCUAGGAGAUCAAACAGGAGUCAAAUUAAGAUAAAAAAAGGCAAAUGAUUCCACGAGGCGCUACCUAUCACCAAAAAACAAUCCUCACGAACUGAAAAUACUCCAUAAUUAUUACACUCUGGAAAAACCUUCUGCUUAAAUACAUCUCACUCGACAAACUUUCCAUCUCCACUAAACAGAAAUCAAAAUCUCUAGACUUGACAUGGCAACCCAGCAAUACACAGCCUCUCACACAAAAUAAACUCCUAUAUUUUAUUUUGUUUUUCAAUUGUGUUUUAUGGAGUGUUUUCCUCUUUUUUCGGUAUCUGCUUUUUUUAUCCUCAUAUUCACAUUCACAUUAAUAAUUUAAUGUAUUAUUUAUUUUACAAGUGGAAUGAAUUAUAAUCAAAACAAGUCAUCAUUAGCGUCAUUAUUCAGUAGGCUAUUGUUUAAUCUCUCCUUUUAACUUGUAUUAUGUAUUAUAAUUAUUAUUACUAUCAGCUGAUUUUGGAUAGUCUAUAAUUUUCUGUGUGUUGUUGGAUAGAUCAAGUCAUGUGAAGUCAACUCUUUCUUGUAAUGUUUUGCAUGAAUAUAAAUUCAUCAAAUUAAAAUAAGUGAAAUUAAUUAAAAAUUAAAAAUAAUUUGGAAAAAAAAGAGCAUUAAGUUUAAAAAAAACAAAAAAAGAGUAAUUGAUCCUGAAUCCUUUUUAGCGUGUGUGGACUACCUGUGUGUGUGAGUAUUUAUUGUGUAUUGGUCAUGCAUAUCUGUAUCAAUAAAGUUACAUCUAAUCUAUUUUAAACUUGUUUAUAUUUAAAUGUUGGGCUGCCUGUGGGCAUGGCCUAAUAUGUUACAGUCUGUGACAUCAUCAAAGACUAACAUCAUCAAAGAUUGUGACAUCAUCAGAGACUAACAUCAAAGACUGACAUCAUCACAACCUAUAGGUAUCUGCCUCCUGUCAGUGUAUAUAAUAUUCUUUGUCUGCACCCUGUCGGAAGGAUUUUUUACACCAUUACGAACCAGCGUACCAACAUGCCGAUUGAACGUGUAGAUGUCGUGUCGCCAGUGUCUCUCUGCACUGAGACACUCAUUAAAGAAAAUCAGUCGACGCUUCUGACAAAGCUAGGGCUGGAGCACACCCAGCUGCAGCGGGAGCACUCCCAGCUCGUCCAGGAGCACUCAAAGCUCGUCCUUAAGCACUCAAAGCUGCUGACAGACUAUAAUAAGCUGUUGAAAGCAGACACGCUAAAGGACCGAGCCCCUUUUGAGCUCCAAAAUGAGAGAGAGUCUCUCAAAGAGAAAAAGAAAGAGUGCAACAUGUUAACUUCUCAGCUCCGUGAUGUGAAAGCUGAGUGUAGAAAACAUGAGCAAAGAUGGAAGGUGGCGGAGGAGAAGCUAAUGGAGGUGACGUCUGUCCUCAGUGAGUCUGUGAGAACCAACAGCAUCCUGGAGGACACCGUAAGAAAGCUGGACAGCAAAGUUAAAGGCUGUGAGGGACAAAUCAGGCAGUUAACAGAGCAGGUGGACUGCCUGAAAGCCUACCAGCUUCGUUUCGAAGGCGACCUAACAGAAUGUGUAGAGGUCAUUAACCACCCUGCCAUUCUGAGGAAAAAAAUCAUAGAAUUGAGAGUAUUUUACAUCAAGGACAACGUGGAGCCGUUGGAUGGGAUCUCUGCAGCUCAAAUCUGUACAGCCAAGAAACCUGAUUUGAGGAGAAAAAUAGGGGCCGGGCUGUGGAAGGAAACUCAGCGCGUGAAUCCGAUCAGAAUCUCGGACCGUGAGUAUGAACGCCUGUGGGAAAAUUUCUCAGAGUACAAAAAGGAACUGGAGGCAGCGAUGGGAAAGCCUCUAACCGCUGAGAAAGAGCGAGAAAUCUGGCUGGAUAUGACCACCAUGAUAUCCUCAUUUGUGCAGCCUGACACCAGCCCCCCCAUCCUCAAACCACAUCCACCUGCAAAUCCCAGAACCCCCAUCACAUCUAACAAAAGAACAGUCAAACCAAUGGCUACCAAUUCGAAGACGCCUUGGUGCUCCAAACCCCCCUUACCCCCCAUCAAAAAUGGUCAUGCCCACUAA